AUGACGUCCAAUCUCCCCUCCAAGGCUCGUGAGUACAGGCUCCCGAAGUUUGACGGCAUCCAGUCCCUCACUUUGCAAGAGGCACCAGUGCCCCAGCCUGGAGCCAAGGAAGUACUCGUCAAGAUCCAUGCGGUCUCCCUGAACUACAGAGACUUCGCAAUGGUCAGCAAAGCCUACCCCUUCGCGCUCAAACCGAACCUCGUUCCCUGCUCCGACGCAUCAGGCACAAUCGUCGCGAUUGGGCCCGGCGUCAAGGGCUGGCAAGUUAGCGAACGGGUUACCGCGAGCUUUGCACUCGACCACCUCUACGGCGACUCUACUCCACAAUCGCGCCAGAGCGUGCUCGCCGGCAGCAUCGACGGCGUGCUCACUGAGUACCGCGUCUUCCCCGAGCACAGCCUGGUCAGGGCUCCUUCGAACUUGUCGCACGCCGAAGUUGCAACGCUGCCAUGUGCGGGCGUGACGGCAUACAACGCCCUGCUUGGGCCGCGUCCAGUCAAGGCAGGCGAGACCGUGCUCGUCUUGGGCACAGGGGGUGUGUCCAUCUUUGCACUGCAGAUGGCGAAAGUGAGCGGUGCAGAGGUGAUCGUGACAAGCGCCAGCGACGAAAAGCUCGAGCAGGCCAAGAAGCUGGGGGCCAAGCAUGUUAUAAAUUACAAGAAGACACCGGACUGGGAGAAGGAGGUCUUGAAACUCACCAACGGCCGGGGUGUGGAUCAUGUUAUUGAGGUCGGCGGCCCUGGGACCUUGGACAAGUCCAUCGCGUCCGUCCGUCUACAGGGGAAUAUCCACGUCAUAGGCUUCCUCUCAGAGGUGACGGAGGUCUCCAACGUACCCAUGCAAAUCCUGCAGAGAGGCAUCAACGUGCGUGGUGUCAUGGUCGGGCCACGCUCCUCGUUCGAAGACUUGGUCAGGUUGAUUGAGGUCAAUGAUGUGACGCCUGCCGUCGAUAAAGUGUUCCCGUUCGAACAAGCCAAGGAAGCGUAUGAACACCUGCAGGCCCAGAAGCACUUUGGCAAGGUGGUCAUUCAGGUCGCGAAGGACUGA